AUAGUAGUAACAGCUUAACAGCACCAGACAAUAAACAGUGUACUUUUGAAUGCCGUGAUAAAUUUCGUAUAUUCAACUUCGCUCGAGAAGAAUGUGAUAGUUCUAUGUACUAAGUUACGAUUGAAAGAACAAAGCAAGUGGUUACGUUAAUGCGAUAGAGGUAUUCGUAGUGGCAGUGAGUCAUUGUGAAAGUGUAAGACCAUUGUAACAUUUGUUUUUAAAUAUAAUAUGGAGGUUCUUGAUCCAAGCGUUUCGAGAGAUGAUUUACCACUUUGUGUUAAUGAUUGUUUGGAAAAAGUUAACAUAGAACAGAAUCCAUCCGAUACAAAAUCAUAUAUAAAAGCACGCUAUACUCUAGGUUUCCUAGGUUUUCUAGGCUUUGCUCUUGUAUAUGCAAUGAGAGUAAAUUUAUCAAUCGCAAUUGUUUCAAUGGUUAAUCAAACAGCUAUACCUAAUGAUGAUGAAAAUACUACUGAUGUUUGUUCUAAUCGGAAUCCCAUAAAUGGAACAUUUAUACCAAGUGCAGGAGAAUUCAAUUGGGAUGAAAAAACUCAAGGUGUUAUAUUAGGAGCAUUUUUUCUUGGAUAUGUGGCAACAAAUGUUCCAGGAGGUAGAAUGGCUGAAAAAGUUGGUGGAAAGUUGGUUUAUGGACUAGGAGUUUUCUUAACUGCUGUCUUGACUGUAAUCAGUCCCUUUGCAGCAUACUGGGGUUUAGUACCAUUUCUUAUAGUUAGAGUUGCAGAGGGAUUUACAGAGGGUGUUACUUUUCCUGCAAUGCACACUAUGCUUGCACAAUGGGUUCCACCAUUAGAAAGAAGUAAAUUUGCUGCAAUUGUAUAUGCAGGUGCAAAUUUUGGAACAGUUAUAUCAUUACCUGUAAGUGGAUGGCUAUGUUCACUGGAACUAUGGGGUGGUUGGCCACUUGCAUUUUAUUUAUUUGGAGGAUUAGGUAUUUUUUGGUACGCAUUUUGGCUAAUCUUUAUUUAUGAUACACCUGCCCAACAUGUAAGAAUUGAUCCUGAUGAGAAAGCAUACAUUGAAGCUAGCGUUGAAAAAAAACAUGAGACUCAUGAUUCUGGUGUACCUUGGUUAUCAAUUUUUACAUCUCUGCCUAUGUGGGCUAUAACUGUAACCCAAUGUGGACAAUCCUGGGCUUUUUACACAUUGCUAACAGAAUUGCCAACGUAUAUGGAUAAAAUUUUACAUUUUGAUGUGCAACAAGAUGCAUUUCUCUCAGCAUUACCAUAUCUAAGUUCUUGGUUGGUUGGUUUAGGAAUUUCGAGUUUUGCGGAUGCUCUUCUUGCUCGGCAAAUCUUAUCUCCUUUGACUUCGUUCAAAUUAUGGAAUACAGUGGCUUCUGCUGGUCCCAGUCUCAGUUUUGUAGGUGCUAUUUGGGCUGGAUGUGAUCGCAUGACUGUUUUGAUAAUGCUUGUUGGAUUAAGUUCAUUACAAGGUGCAGUUUAUGCUGGAAAUCAAAUGAAUCACAUUGCACUAGCACCACGAUAUGCUGGUACUCUUUAUGGAUUAACCAAUGCAGCAGCUAAUGCUUGUGGAUUUUUGGCACCAUAUGUCAUUGGUAGAUUAGUUGAAGGACAUGAAACUUUAGCACGUUGGCAUACAGUUUUUUGGAUGGCAGCUGGAAUAAAUAUGAUAACUAAUUGUUUCUAUUUAAUUUUUGCAUCUUCUAGCGAACAACCAUGGAGUAAUGGUAAUAGUUGAUGAUGAAAUUUUCUUAUAUUUUAAUAUCUAAUAUAGAGAAUAACAUAUCAUUCGA